AUGAGGGCAGGGACCCAGGGGGAGGAGGAGGGACAGUGCCCUCCGCUCACCCAGCCCUACUCGGGGAAAGCCGAGCUCCUCCCGGCGAAGGGCUACUCGGGAGUGAACAAAUCGCGGGAUUUCAGCCCAAAAGCCGCGGCCGUCCCGUUCGGAGAUGCCCGUCUUCUCCCGCCGUCCCGUUUUGCUGUGUCCGACGGCUUCACCUUCCCAUGUGUGAUGCAUGGAGUAUGCUCAGAAAGUGAAAGAGCAGUUAGGGCAGCCUUCUCUCCAUCUUUCGGUGUGUCCACUCCAUAUCUUACAUGUUUGCUCUCCAUUAAUUUGGUGUUUGUUUUCCAGUAUGUCCUGUCUGUCCUGGAAUUUACCUACCCUACCCUUUUUCAAGGGUGGCAGACAUUAGUGGGUGGACUUCUCCUUCAUGUCUCCUGGAAGCUGGGCUGGGUGGAGAUAAACUUGAGUUCAAGGUCUGAAAUCCUGUCAUGGCUUCCUGCUUCAGUCCUGUUUGUUGGCACUAUUUAUGCUGGCUCCAGGGCACUGUCUAGAUUGCCAAUCCCAGUGUUCCUCACCAUGCACAAUGCAGCAGAAGUUAUAACCUGUGGGUUCCAGAAGUUUGUGCAGAAAGAGCAGACCUCUCAUCUGAAAGUCUGUAGUGUGCUGUUCCUCCUGGUAGCAGCAGUGUGCCUUCCUUUAUGUGACACACAGUUUGAUCCAAAGGGUUAUUUAUGGGCUCUAAUUCACUUGGUCUGUGUUGGGGCUUACAAAGUAUUUCACAAGUUAUGGACACCUAACUCUUUAAGUGAUCUGGACCAACAGUACAUCAACUAUGUAUUCAGUGUGGUGCUAUUGGCCUCUGCAUCCCAUCCAGCAGGUGAUCUCUUCAGUGCCUUGGACUUCCCAUUCCUGUACUUCUACAGGUUUCAUAGCAGCUGCUGUGCCAGUGGACUGUUGGGAUUCUUUCUGAUGUUGCACACAGUGAAGCUAAAAAACAGCAUGACCUCAGGGCAAUAUACAGCAUGGACUUUCCUUGCAAAGAUAGGAAAAUUAAAUCCGAAUCUAAAUUUUGAAGAUGUCCACAUCCGUGCUCUUGGCUAUAUAAACAACAUGUUCCUGAACACCUUGUAA